CCCAUUCCUCAAAGAAAGAAACUGUCUUCCCUUUGUUCCACCAUCUUAGACCUCUUCCUUUCCUCCAUUUAUAUAUAUACACAUGAUCCAUAUCUCUCUCUCUCUAUAUAUAUAUAUAUGCUCAAAAUCAAAACUACUUAAUUAAUUCAGCUGAAGAAUUAAUAAUUAAUCAGAAUGGGUGGAUUUGAAGAAGAAGAAGAAGUAGUAGAACAUCUGUCGUCUCUGCUGCACACUCCGACUUGGGCUGUUGCUACUGUCUGCUUCGUCUUCAUCUUCCUCGGAAUUUUCAUCGACCAUUUGAUUCAUCUCGUCGGACAUUGGCUCAAGAAACAUAAGAAGGCAGCUCUCUACGAUGCAAUAGAGAAGCUCAAAUCAGUGUUGAUGCUCUUAGGUUUCAUGUCACUAAUAUUAUCGAUUACACAAAGCUCCAUAUUGAAAAUAUGCAUACCGGAUAAUGUUGCCGACUCCAUGCUUCCAUGCCGACAAACUUCUCCAACUAAAACUAUACAAGGUUUAGAGCAUAUUAGGACAUUGAAUUCUCAAACUUCAUUAAUCCCUACAAAGGAGGACAUCGAGAUUUCAAGGCAUUUCUCCGAAGCAACUUCUAACUACGAGCAUAAUUGCUCCGAGGGAAAGACUCCAAUGAUGUCGCCAAACGGCAUAAACCAGCUCAAUAUUUUCAUAUUUGUGCUCGCAAUCAUGCAAAUUGUCUCAAGUGUCGCAACCAUGGCCUUAGGAAGGGCUAAGAUGAAGAGAUGGAAAACGUGGGAGAAGGAGACUCAUUCACUUGAAUAUGCAAUAGCUAAUGAUCCUGAAAGAUUUCGAAUCACACGAGAAACAACAUUUGGACGAAGACACGCAACCUCAGAAAAUACAAAUCCAACGCUAAUGUGGAUAAAAUGCUUUCUUCGUCAGUUUUUUAACUCAGUGGCCAAAAUCGACUACCUCACUUUGCGACAUGGCUUCGUUUCGGCUCAUUUUUCUUCAAAUAAUAUCUUCAACUUUCAAAAAUAUAUACAACGAUCCUUGGAGCAUGACUUCAAAGAAGUUAUUGGCAUAAGCCCUAUCAUGUGGUUGGUAGUUGUUAUUUUCUUAGUCCUUGAUGUGCAUGGGUGGAAUGCCUACUUAUGGAUUUCAUUUUUGCCACUUAUUGUAGUUUUGUUCAUUGGAACUAAACUCGGAGUAAUAGUGACAAAAAUGGCGAUCCAUCUGACAAAUCAAAACACUGUAAUAAGAGGAACUCCUUUGGUGCAACCAAAUAACAACCUAUUUUGGUUCGAGAAUCCGCGAUUGGUCUUAAUUAUGUUGCAUUUCGCUCUAUUCAUGAACUCAUUUGAAUUUGCCUUCUUCGUAUGGGUCACGUGGCAAUUUGGACUUGAGUCAUGCUACCAUGAAUAUGUUGAGGUCAUUGUUGUGAGAGUAGUUCUAGCGGUCUUAGUUCAAAUAAUUUGCAGCUACGUAACUCUUCCGUUAUAUGCAUUGGUUACUCAGAUGGGCUCUCAGUACAAAAGCGAAAUACUCGUCGCGCAUACAAUUCAAGGGACACAGAGGAGGAAGGAAAAAGGGAAGAUCGAGUCAUCCAUUCCGGAAUCUAGCAUUCAAAACCAUUCUUCAGUAACAAACAACAACGAUGAAACUUCUUCGCUUGAUGAGUCAUGUUAUGAGCGAAGACAAGAUACGGCGACAAGUUUUGUUUCUCUACACGGAUCUGAGAUCGUAGAAGAAUUCGAAACUAUCUAUCAAUGUCAAAGAGUAGAUACUAAUAGAAGGAAUAGCCACAAUGAAAUUCAGCUUAGUUGAAGAAUGUAAAGGUACUAUAGAACCUCCAUUAUCAAACCCCCGAUACCUCAGCUCACCUGCCACGUAUGGUUCGCCUAG